AUGCUGGUCCCCAUGUUCGCCUCCUCGCAGCACCGUAGAGACUGUGCUCGGAAGCAGCAGGAGUUACGGACCAAACGCCAGCUCCUUCCGACUGUCUACUCCCAGCCUCUCACAGACGACGACCAGAAGAUUCUCGGCCUCUCCUUAUCUCAGGUGGUGGACGAGUGCAAUGCCACCGCCAUUGCUCCCUCGGCAGUCCUACAAACUUACACCAAACGAUCCCUGCUGGCCCAGGAUGCCACAAACUGCCUCGCAGACUUCAUGAUUUCCGAGGUCGAGAAGCGCUCUGUCCCACUGCAGCGGCCUCUGACUGGGGUUGUUGUGAGUCUGAAGGACUGCAUAGACGUGGAGGGGUAUGACACCACCUGUGCAUGUUCUGGCAACGUGGGACACCCUAGGGCCUCGUCAGCUCCAAUCGUGCGUCUCCUUCGUGACGCCGGUGCUCAGAUGCACGUCAAGACAACGCUGCCUACCGGGUUUUUCUCCCUUGAGACGCUAUCUGACUUGUUCGGAGAGACAUCAAACCCUUACAACCCCGCGUUCUCACCUGGGGCGUCGACUGGCGGUGGAGGAGCGUUGCUGGCGUAUCAGGGCACUCUCAUUGAAAUUGGGAGCGAUAUUGCUGGCAGCCUCCGCUAUCCCGCAGCGUACUGCGGGGUGUAUGGCAUGAAGGGCUCCGUGGGUCGGUUCCCCUCGUAUGCGUGCGAGUCUCCAUUGCCUGGGCUGGAGGGUGUACCAACGAUAGUGGGCCCGAUGGCACGGACGUUAGACGACCUAGCGGAGUUUUGGAAGCGAGUUGUGGAUAUGCGACCUUGGCUCUAUGACCAUACCUGCUCUCCGCUGCCGUGGCGGCCUGUGGACUUUGUGUUGAGCGGACGGAAGCCGAAGUGGGGCAUCGUUUGGUCCGAUGGUGUUAUCCCCCCAUCCCCUGCCGCCCUGCGCGCGCUGAAUGAGAGCGUAGACGCUCUGCGGCGAGCGGGGCACGAAGUUGUGGACUUUCAUUCACCAAACAUCGUCGAAGGCCUCAAGAUCGGCUACAAGCUUCUCUUCUCGGACGGAGGGGAAACGCUCCUGGCGCCGAUGCGGAAGGGCGAGACCCUCAACGGCGGACUGCUCAACGCCACUCGGCUGCUGCAGCUCCCCUUGUUCGUUAAGAAGGCGCUGGCGCUGCUGCUCCGCUCGCUCUCGCGCCCCACCGGGAGAAAUGACGCAUGGGCAGCUCUACUUGAGACGUUCCACGAGAUGACGCCGGCCGACGAGCGCAGGACGAUUGUCGAGCGGGAAGCGUACCGGGCCGCUUGGCACACCGAGUGGCAGGCACAAGGAAUAGACUUUGUACUCACGAUCCCACACUCGCUGCCACCCAUCCCGCGAGGCGAAACUGGCACCGUGUCUUUAGUUUCAUCGGGAUAUACGUUCAUCUUCAAUAUCCUUGACUACGCCGCUGGUGUCCUCCCUGUAACAUACGUGGACGAGCUUAUGGAUUGUCUGCCUGAGGACUUUGUGCAGAGCAAGGAGUUUGCGAACUUCAACGACAUUGCGAGGGGGGCGUAUUCGGUGUACGAUUCCAGCGCGAUGCACGGGCUGCCGAUGGCUGUGCAAGUGGUUGGGCAGCGGCUGGAGGAGGAGAAGGUCCUUGCGGGUAUGAAGAUCGUCGAACAAGCCCUGUGGGAAGCAGGCAAGGGCUUUGCGCCGAAGAAGUUCUGA